UCCUUCCUUCCUGCUUUCCUUAUCCCUAUUCUAUAUAUAUAAAGUUUUUCUGUACCCUUCUUAUCACAAUUUACUGUCAAUACUUCUCUGUCAUUCUUUCUGUCUGUCCAUUUGUCCGUCUGUCUAUCUAUCUAUUUGUUGACUGUCUACAAGUAAACUAACGUGAGGCAGAAAGAGGAAGGAAGAGACGGAGACAUAAAAACUAAACUGGUGAGAAAGGGAGAGAGAGAGAUACUCUUUCUGUUUUCUUUCUUUCUUGCUUACAUAUUUAUUUGGCUGCCCUUCUUGUCACAUUGUACUGCCACAUCCUCUAUCUCUCUCUCUCUCUCCCUCUCAUUCUCUUUGUCUGUCUAUCUAUUUUUCUUUCUUUCUUAAUUUCUCAUUCGGCCAUCCUUCGGUCGCACCUUAAGCACUCUCUCGUCUCUCUCUCUCUCUUUCUUUCAGCAGUUCAGUUCUCAGGUCUCAGUUGCUUCCUUCCUCUUCCUGCCUCACUUUAGUUGUCAAAAAGGGCAGGGCGCACACUUUCACUACCAUACACACACACACACACACACACACACCGUUCCCUCUCUGGGAUGUUUUGUCGUCCGUUCCUGCCCCGACUGCAGGCGGAUGGGGGGAUCAGUGAGAUGCACUGGUUAGGAGAGGGAUGAAGAGAUGGAGAGAGAGAAAGAGAAAAGGAAGUUUAAAGUCAGUCAGCUGUUGACUCUCUAUCUGUUCAAACGACAACACGGUAAGACUUUAGCUAAUGGCACGCAGUCCAUAGAAGAGACAAAUAGUACCACAAGCUCAGCUCCAUCUACUUCUACUUCCACUUCGGCUGAUGAACAAACAACCUGGACGGAAGAUGGUGACAUUAAGGAGAUCAACAUCACAAAUGUGGUUAAGGAGGGGUCGGAGAAAGCAGACACGUCCCAGUUCGAGCUGCUCAAAGUUUUGGGACAGGGAUCCUUUGGAAAGGUGUUUUUGGUUAGGAAGAUAACGCCUCCUGAUAGUAACCAGCUCUAUGCUAUGAAGGUCUUGAGAAAGGCCACACUUAAAGUGAGGGACCGUGUGAGAACUAAAAUGGAAAGAGACAUUUUGGCAGAUGUGAACCACCCGUUUGUGGUUAAACUCCAUUAUGCAUUUCAGACAGAAGGUAAACUAUAUUUGAUUCUGGACUUCCUCAGAGGUGGUGAUCUCUUUACCAGGCUGUCAAAAGAGGUUAUGUUUACAGAAGAAGAUGUAAAGUUUUAUCUGGCUGAGCUGGCGUUGGGUUUAGAUCACCUGCAUACUCUCGGCAUCAUCUACAGAGACCUCAAACCUGAAAACAUUCUUCUGGAUGAAGAGGGACAUAUCAAACUCACAGAUUUUGGACUGUGUAAAGAGGCUAUCGAUCAUGAGAAGAAAGCUUACUCUUUCUGUGGGACAGUGGAGUACAUGGCUCCAGAGGUUGUCAAUAGACAGGGACACGCUCACAGCGCCGACUGGUGGUCAUUUGGUGUACUGAUGUUUGAGAUGCUCACUGGAUCACUGCCAUUCCAGGGAAAAGACAGAAAGGAAACAAUGAACCUCAUCUUGAAGGCAAGGUUGGGCAUGCCUCAGUUUCUAAGCUCUGAAGCUCAGAGUUUACUAAGAGCUCUCUUCAAGAGGAAUCCUAUCAACAGACUUGGAUCUGGGUCAGAUGGAGCCGAAGAGAUCAAACGGCAUGCGUUCUUCAUGACCAUUGACUGGAAUAAACUUUUUAGGCGAGAGCUAAAACCUCCAUUCAGACCAGCUGUGGCCAGACCUGAUGACACAUUUUACUUCGACUCCGAGUUUACCUCUCGUACCCCUAAAGAUUCUCCAGGUGUUCCCCCCAGCGCAGGCGCUCAUCAGCUUUUCCGAGGAUUCAGCUUUGUUGCCACGGCGAUGCUGGAAGAGGAGGGCAAAGUGGAGCCAACACGUCCUCCUCCACACCCUGUAGUACAGCAGCUUCACGGUAAGAACGUCCUGUUCAGUGACGGUUACGUGUUGAAAGAGGACAUCGGCAUGGGCUCCUUCUCUGUCUGCAAACGCUGCAUACACAAAGCAACAAACACAGAGUAUGCAGUAAAGGUGAUUGAAAAAAAAAGCACUGACCCGUCUGAAGAGAUCGAGAUCCUGCUGAGAUACGGCCAGCAUCCCAAUAUCAUCACCCUUAAAGAUGUGUAUGAUAACGGGAAGCAGGUGUAUCUGGUCACAGAGCUCAUGAGAGGAGGAGAGCUGCUGGACCGAAUCCUCAAGCAAAAGUCCUUCUCGGAGAGAGAGGCCAGCGCCGUACUGCACACUAUCACAAAGACUGUCGAAUACCUGCACUCUCAAGGGGUUGUGCACAGGGACCUGAAGCCCAGCAAUAUUCUUUAUGUUGAUGAGUCUGGAAAUCCAGAAUCUCUGCGCAUCUGUGAUUUCGGCUUUGCCAAGCAGCUCCGGGCGGACAACGGCCUCCUCAUGACGCCCUGUUACACUGCCAACUUUGUAGCACCUGAGGUACUGAAGAGACAGGGUUAUGAUGAGGGCUGUGACAUUUGGAGUCUUGGAGUGUUACUGUACACUAUGAUUGCUGGUUUUACCCCGUUUGCCAAUGGACCGGAGGAUACUCCAGAAGAGAUUCUGGGUCGGAUAGGGAGUGGCCACUUUACCUUGAAGGGAGGCAACUGGGACGCAGUGUCUGAUGCAGCUAAGGAUUUGGUCUCUAAGAUGCUUCAUGUGGACCCACACCAGCGGCUCACAGCCAAGCAGGUAUUAAAACAUCCCUGGAUUGUCCAGAGAGACAAACUUCCCAACAGUCAGCUACAACACCAAGAUGCCAAACUUGUCAAGGGUGCGAUGGCGGCCACGUACUCUGCACUGAAGAGUUCCCAGCCUCCACCAGAGCUGAAACCCAUCGAAUCAUCGUUCCUGGCACAGAGACGGGUGAAAAAACUGCCCUCCACCUCACUGUAAAGAAUAAGGGAGGAUACUGGAGACUUAUGAUGAGUACAUUUUCAGAAGGGAAGCGAUGGAUUAAAGGACCAUACUGACUAAGACCUGCCCGUCUUAUCAGCAAGACUGUCAAGCACGAUAGAGAAGUGAUUGGCUGAUACAAUUUGAGGGCGGGGCCAGAGAGCAUUCAUGCUCCAUCAGGAUUGAGUAUGCGUGUGUGUGUGUGAGAGAUUUCAAUGAAACAAUGUAAAGGAUACCGUAACUAAACAGAUGCUAUUGCCAGUCCAUCUAUGUCUUGGUACUGUAAUCCCUGAAUAUCAACACUGCUGUGUUCAUUAUUUUUUAAUCUGGAUGUUUAUGUUGAUUGCAUUAGAUUUAUUUGUUUUCUUAACGGGUACAACAGGACUUCUGUAUUUUUUUCCUAAAAGCUUUUUGGCUUCCCAGUUAUCACUUUAGUCCAACACAUAGUUAUCUUCCUGAAAGCAUAACAUGACCUGGAGAAGAGAGAAAGUGUCCCAGUGUAAUAUUUCACCCAGAGGAAUGAGUAAAGGUUAAAUAUAUCUUCCAUAAUAGUCACGUGAUUAUCGACCUAACCCAGACAACAAACGACUCUGGGGAAAAUCCGCACCAGAUCCGGCCCGGAGUCGUCUGCUAUCUGGGAAGCGUAGAGAUGAAUGCACUGCAAAAAAUUAUUUUCAAGAAAAAAAUUCUUAGUAUUUUUGUCUUGUUUUCAGUAAAAAUAUCAAAAAAAAUUUAAAUUAAGAUGCUUUUUCUUGAUGAGCAAAAUGACCCAAGAAAAUAAAUCUAGUUUUUAGACCAAAAAUAUCAAAUUUAAGUGAUUUUGUGCAUAAAAUAAGCAAAAAAAAUCUGCCAAUGGGCUAAGCUAAUUUUUCUUGAAUUUAGUGUUGUGGGUUUUUUUUGUUAGUGCACUGCAAAAAAUUAUUUUCAAGAAAAAAAAAUUCUUAUUAUUUUUGUCUUGUUUUCAGUAAAAAUAUCUAAAAAUACUUAAAUUAAGAUGCUUUUUCUUGAUGAGCAAAAUGACCCAAGAAAAUAAGUUUAGUUUUUUGACCCAAAAUUUCAAAUUUAAGUGAUUUUUUGCAUAAAACAAGCAAAACAAUCUGCCAAUGAGGUAAGCACAUUUUUCUUUAUUUUUUAAUUUAGUGUUUAAGAAAAAUGUUCAAGAUUUUUUAGCUUACCCCAUUUCCAGAUUGUUUUGCUUGUUUUAUGCACAAAAUCACUUAAACUUGAUAUUUUUGGUCUUAAAACUAGACUUAUUUUCUUGGGUCAUUUUGCUCAUCAAGAAAAAGCAUCUUAAUUUAAUUCUUAUUUAGUUAUUUUUACUGAAAACAAGACAAAAAUACUAAGAUUUUUUUUUCUUGAAAAUUAUUUUUUACAUUGUGUUGUUACCCCAUUGAAAGAUUUAGUUUGCUUGUUUUAUGCACAAAAUCUUAAAUUUGAUAUUUUUGGUCUAUAAACUAGACUCAUUUUCUUGGGUCGUUUAGCUCAUCAAGAAAAAGCAUCUUAAUUUAAGACUUUUUUGAUAUUUUUACUAAAAACAAGACAAAAAUACAAAUACAUUUAUUCUUGAAAAUCAUUUUUUGCAGUGUGUGGAGGUGCUUUCUGCAUGAAUUUGUAAAUUGUUUUUGUUUGCCAAUAUUAUACUUUUGCAUUACGCUUCUCACAGUGUCAACACCGGUCAAGACUGUUCAGAUGAUGUAUGUUUAUUGUCAAAGAAACGCAAGAAAAAUGAAUGCGAGAUGACGCUUGUGGCAUGGAAAAGUGUUGCUUUGGUACACCAGUGAUCUUUCUGCCGUCUCCUGUUUGGUUCUGUUGUGGUUUUCGAUGUUAUUUUAUAUAAAAAGGCACACUGAGCACAAAAAUUGUGUGACAGCUGAGGAAAUGAUUGUAUAUUUUUUAUCCGGUCUGUCUCAUGAUUUGUUCUCAUGGUGUUUGGAAGCUAAUUUGUGCUUGAAUUAUCCACUUCGUGCUCAGGCUGUUCUUGCAAAUGUCUUAAAAAAAUGAAUUCAAAGAGCCUUAUCUCACUCCGAGCUACUAUAUACCCUUUACCAAACAAACAUCUUCGUGCUCAGUUUAUUCGUAGUCCCAUCCUGGAAUUCAUGAAUUAUGAAAAAUUGUGAAAAUGUCUUUAACAUAAAUGUAAGGGAAUUUUUAUAAUCUAGCAAGAUUCAUCACACUUUAUUAUCUGUAUAACUAUAACAGAUAUGGUUCACCCAAAAAUUUAAAUCAUUUACUUGCAGUAUCCUCAUGUUGGUCUCAAAAAAGGCUUAUAUUAGGUCAUAAUGUUUUGGGACAAGAUUAGGUAAAGUAAAUAUUUUUUUGGGUGCUAUCACUUUCUAAAGUCAGAUGUUAUGCAAUGAAUUUGAAUAGAUAGAUAGUCGUUCAGCAAAUUCUCUCUACUUUCACACAUGCAUAUCUGUAAAACAGCUUUGUUUCAUAAAGCAUAAAGUGUGAAUCUAGAACACAAAACAUCAUGUUGUUUUCUAACAUAACGCAUGUUACGCCUUUAAAUUUGGAUGAUGAAUGUGUUGUUGUUGUUUUUUAAUACAAUUCUUCUCUUAAACCGUGCAUCCUGUUUUUCACCAGAUUUCUUUGCUCUGUGUGGUAUUUGGGGUUCUUCCUGACUAAUCUUUCAAGAAAUCGUGAUUUGUCUUUCCUAGAAGAAAAAAAUGCUUUAUUUGCUGGGAGUGGCAGCGUUCAGUCGUAUUACUGUGUACAUGUGUUUGUGUCUCCUGCCUGAUGUUGGGGUGGGGCUGUUUGUGGUAAACGGGUGUAAAUUAUUGCCCUUUGUUCUACAGUUGAGGGGCUGAAUGUACGAACCUUCAGCCUAAUGCCUUUCUAUUAAAAGAAAAGAAAAACA